UUUCUAGCUUUUCGUUAGUGAUUUAAUUAAAAAAAAAAAAUGGUUGUUUAUUGUAAUUAUAAAGGGUGUAAAAAUAAAGCUUUAUAUGGUAUAGGCAGAUUCAAGUUGCCUAAAAAUGAACAUUUACGAAAAAUUUGGAUUUUUAAUUGCGGUAUUGAAUGUUCAGGGAAGCGUAUGCAUUUGUUGCAUAUAUGUGUUGAUCAUUUUGACAAAAAAUAUGUGAGCAUGGGUAAAGUACCUAGAGUUUCAUCGACUGCUAUACCAAUACCAUAUUGGUGUGAACAAAAUAAUUUAAAUGAAAACAGUGAACAUUGUGAAAAUAUUGUCUGGAGUUCGUAUGAAAACCAAGGUGUAUUGAGUGAAGUGUCCGCUGUAUAACAUUUUGACGGUCAAAUUACUAUAAAAAAAACGAAUUUUGGUUAUUUUAUUUAUUUAGAAACACGUCAUAGUACAUAGUAUUUGAAAAAUGUCGAAGCGCAAGGCUGUUGCCCUUUCGGAAAAAUUAACAAUGAUUGAACAUGUUAAAAAAGGCGCAAAACAAAAAGAUGUGGCUAAAGAAUUUGGUACUUCUGAAAAAACUUUGUCGCAAAUUUUAAGAUCAGAAGAUAAAAUAUUAAAGUUUGCGAAAGAAAGUUCGAAUAGAAAUCUAAAUGAAUUAAAAAGAAUAAAAUACGGUAGCAAAAAUGAUACGGCACAAUGGAAAGAUAUUUUAAAUUGGGUACCGCCAGCAGAAGAAAAGAAAAUCUCUGGCUCUAUACCCAAAGACACACUGAUAGAAUCUUCGGAUGAGCUGGAAGAUAUAAAAACACGGACAAAACUAAGAACCAACAAACAACAGCUGCAGCGAUUUAUCGAACUAUUGCAAUCAAAUGUAGAAGUUGCGAGAGCGACUUCUUUGAAACAUGAAGCAAUAUACAAAUGGGACGAAUUUACGUUACAACUUAAUAAACUGGGUCCACCAAAGAAAGAUUGGGAGCAAUGGUUUAGGGUAUGGUCAGAGUUAAAAGCUAUGGUAAGGAAAAAGAAUAAGAAGGCAUGUCAGCCACCUACUAAAACUCUUCCAAAUGGAACUCUUAUUAAACAUGUUGUUCAAUUCACCGAGUUGGAAAAGACUGUUAUUGAAAUCCUUGGUUUGGAUAAGGAUGAAAAUGAAUCCGGGAACCAAGAAAUAAAAACUUCACGUUCCAACUUUUCCAUUACAUUAGAUGGCACAGGAGAUGAUGACGUUAGUUUUGAACCCACGAAUAAGAGAAUAAAAUACAAUACCUAUGAAUCUGUAACAAAACAGUCAUCCACCGAAUCAGAAGAAGAACCAUCAACAUCCAACCCAAGCACACAAACUAUUCCAAGACUGAAGGAGCUGGAAGAGGUUUCUACUGAAAUAAAAUUCGAGGAGGAAGAAGAAGUAGAUUAUGAAGACACUAUAUCAGUAUACAGCAUAAUAGAUGAUGACAUUAAGUUUGAAGACACAGAUUUUGAUGAGGAAAUGACGCAAACAAAUACCAACGAAUCUCUAAAUAAACAAGCCGAUGAACAACCAUUUAUUAAAACUGAACCAGAAGAUCAUGAUGUCGAGGAAGUUCUUCCUCAACUUUCAACCUACAUAAAAACUGAACCAGUAGAACAAGAACCCGAAGAAGAACAGCCGUCGAUAUCUAUAAAAACCGAACCAGGAGAAAAUCAAGCCGAAAAAGAGCAGCCAUCGUCCAUAUUUAUUAAAACUGAGCCAGAAGAACAUUCCAUCUCCACUCCCAUCAUUCAAACCGUGCCAAAACCAAUUCCUCUACCAACGCCCUCGGAGGAUUGUAAGAAAGCUAUUGAAGAACAAACUUUAGCUCAAAAAGAAUUUUACAAAAAUAUGACAGUUUUCAUGGGUGAUAUGAGAAGAAGUAUGAGCAACAUUGAAGAUUAUAUCAAAAGAAGUGUUCAACAAAAAGAUGAUCUUCUGGAAGUGAAAAAACUGAAAUUAAAAGCGUUUCAGGAAGCAAAGUUAGAAGAAAGUAUCGAAAGAAAACAAAAGUUGAAAAUGAAAGCUGAGCUUUUGGCACUUAAAAAAUUGAAAAGUAUUACAAAGGCUGGAAACAUUUCAAAUGAUUCAAAAUAGUUUUUUAAAAAUUCUAUUAAGAAUAUAAGAAAUAAAAAAAGUU